UUAUCGACAAUCGCAAAGAUAUGACGACGAUGAAUACGAAAGAAGGCAACAGCGGCAAUAUGAAUACGAACCUGACUACUACAAUGAUUACGGAUACCUUAGAAGAAAACGCGUACGCGACCGAAAGUUUCGAUCAAAAUUUUAAUAAGCUUUCGUAUUAA